AUGGCUACCAACCACAACCGACAUGCCGCACACAAUCAGAACUCAAAGGAUUUGGAGUACGACUUGACUUCGCAGCAAAGGACCUCAUUGAACCAGACCAAUGACCACCUCGAUGUUCAAGUAUACGUACAGAUCCGAGUUUUUGCUAUUUUCCUCCUAAAUUGGAUGAUGUUUCUACAUACAUCUCGCAGUUUGCACGAUGACACUGAUACAAGGGGUAUGUUUUGCAUGUUCGACUUCCAAUGUCCCCGAGCGACCAGCUGCGACAAGUUUAACAAGUGCAACAAACAAGAAACGAAAGAGAGAAAUGGAGGUUCAGAAAAUGAGGUUCAAGUAAACUACGAGACUACAGUUCAUAGCAAGAAAACAACUCAGAAGCCGCCUGAAAUUAAUUGUGAUAUAUGCGACGACAUCUCGGAAAUGAAUGCCACAACGACAACAACCGAGUCGACAACCACACCGACAACAAAACCUACAACAACAACUGAACCGACAACGACAACGGCGACAACUGAGGCCACAAUGACAACAACAACAACUGAACCGACAACAGCAACGACUAUGUCAUCGACAACAACUGAGUCGACAACGACAACAACGGAACCGACAACGUCAACCACAGAACCGACAACGACCUCGAAGCCAACAACCACGACUACUUCCACGACGACAACAGACACCCCCAUGACAAUUGAGCCGAUUGUCUUUGUACCUAUAGAAUGCAGUGUGUGUGAGAGAACGGAGGCCAAACAAGAGAGGCAAAAUGGAAGUAUGCUAAACACAUCUGGCAAAAUCAACUCCAUUUAUGAGUCAUGGCAAGCUUAUACAAGAGAGCAGUAA